AUGGACAUUGUAGAGUGUCGAUUGUUUGAGAUUAAGUUACCAUUAGUUUUUGAGUCCCUUGAUGUUAGGUUAGCAAAUAGUGAGGAUAUGCCAAAUUUUCCAAAUGAAGAAUUCGAUGACUUUAUGAAGUUGGUUAUUAAAUGGAAUUUGUCAGAUUCAUGUGUGAGUGAAAUACUUCAUUUUUCAAAAAAAAUAGCAUAUGAUAAUAUUAUUUUACCUACCUCAAUACAAUAA